AUGGAUAGAGCUAAAUUGGCUAUCAAGGCAUUGACCAGCAAUGGGAAAAGUAUUGGGAAGUCAUUGAUAGAAGGUAGAGAAACAAUUCAUGAAGAUGAUAGUGCCACAAAUUGUAGAGUUAGUAGGCGUACAAGUAAUGCUACACAAGAAAGAGAUGUUGAUUCUCGUCGUAAAGGUAAGACUCCUCAAACAAUUUCUUCAAGUUCUAGUAGUGAUGAUGGUGGCAAUGGGGGCAGUAGGCAGGGUGGUGGCAGUAGUGGGGGCAGUAGAGGAGUUGGUGGCACUGGUAAGAGUACUGGAGGAGAUGGUAGCACGGGGGGCGGUUAUAUUAGUCAAGUAGAUCCUAGCAUGUCAUGGGCACAAGGAGGUGAAAAUUACUAUGCCACACAAGAUAUAGAUCAUGGAUAUUGA